UAUAAAACAGAAGCGCCAGGUUCAGACAAAAGUCUACGUAAAGAGGAUUUGGUGUAUGAGGAACGCAAAGAGAGCGGAGAGCAUCCAGAAAUGAAUAGAAUCACUAAAACCCACAUGACCUCACCCAUGUACUUCCCUAGCAUGGGCACAGCUCCUUUCUUUAAGGUGACUGUGUUUGAGCAGGAGCAUUUCCAGGGAAAGUGUAUGGAGUUCACCUACGAAUGCUGCAACAUCUACGACUGCGGCCUGGACAACAUCCGCUCCAUCCGAGUGGAGAGUGGAGCUUGGGUUGGUUUCGAGCACCAUGACUUCCAGGGCCAGCAGUUCAUCCUGGAGAGGGGCGAGUACCCUAACUGGGAAGCCUACUGCGGCGCCCUGUCCUACCACAUUGAGCGCUUCAUGUCCUUUCGCCCCAUCUACUGUGCUUCUCACCAGAGCAGCCGUAUGAUGAUCUUUGAGAGGGAGAACUUCAUGGGCCGCUGCACCGAGCUGUGCGACGACUACCCAUCCCUGCAGGCCAUGGGCUGGUUCAGGCCUGAGGUGGGCUCCAUGCACGUGCAGUGUGGAGCCUUUGUGUGCUAUGAGUACCCGGGCUACAGAGGCCAGCAGUACAUCAUGGAGUGUGAAAGACACAGCGGAGACUACCAGCACUGGAAGAACUGGGGGUCCCACUGCCAGACUCCAAAGAUCCAGUCCAUCAGACGCAUCAGGCACUGAGAAGGAACAGAUCGGGACUAAAUGGCUCAGGCUAACACCUGGGCGCUGUGCUUUAGGGGCCUGACUAUGAGGCAAAAGCCUGAACUUUAGGUUUGGUUUAAGGCUUCAUUUGUCAGGACCGCAACUACAACACAAACCAUCAGUGACGUAGCAGCUACCUCUUUAUCCCAGCUCAUAUUCUUAUUUCUGUUAACUCAUUUUUAGUUUUAAAAUGAAAUAAAGUUCAGAUUGAGAACCUGA